AUGUCCAACUCUUUCGCACCUGUCGAUUCGAUCCGUGUCAACGGUGAUGAUUCCAAGAAACGCGUCGCCUACUUCUAUGACUCAGAUGUCGGAAACUAUGCCUAUGUCUCUGGCCAUCCCAUGAAGCCUCACAGAAUACGGUUGGCUCACUCCUUGGUAAUGAAUUAUGGCCUCUAUAAAAAGAUGGAGAUCUAUCGAGCAAAGCCCGCCUCCAAAUACGAAAUGACCCAAUUCCACACCGACGAGUAUAUCGAUUUUCUCGCAAAAGUCACUCCAGACAAUAUGGAGUCUUAUCAAAAAGAGCAGCAGAAGUACAACGUCGGAGACGACUGUCCAGUCUUUGACGGCCUCUUCGAAUUCUGCGGCAUCAGUGCUGGAGGCUCUAUGGAAGGUGCCGCCAGACUGAACCGCCAAAAAGCUGACAUUGCCAUCAACUGGGCAGGCGGUCUCCAUCACGCCAAAAAGAGUGAAGCCUCGGGCUUCUGCUACGUCAAUGACAUUGUCCUCGGCAUCAUUGAACUCCUCAGAUUUCACAAGAGAGUUUUGUACAUCGACAUCGAUGUCCAUCACGGUGACGGGGUGGAGGAAGCUUUCUAUACCACAGACCGCGUCAUGACUGCCUCGUUCCACAAAUAUGGAGAGUAUUUCCCUGGCACUGGCGAGCUCCGGGAUGUCGGUGUUGGCGGCGGCAAGUACUACGCGGUCAAUUUCCCUCUCCGCGAUGGCAUUGACGAUGCUUCAUACAAGGGCAUCUUCGAACCUGUCAUCCGAGCCACCAUGGAAUAUUACCAACCGUCGGCUGUUGUUCUCCAGUGUGGUGGUGACAGUUUGUCAGGUGAUCGUUUAGGUUGUUUCAACCUCAGCAUGAAAGGCCACGCCAACUGUGUCCGAUUCGUCAAAUCUUUUAAUCUACCCACACUCAUCCUUGGUGGUGGUGGCUACACGAUGAGAAACGUGGCGAGGACUUGGGCCUUUGAGACGGGUUGUUUGCUUGGUGAAAACAUGCCGGCCAACCUGCCCUACAAUGACUACUACGAGUACUACGCUCCCGACUACGAGCUGGAUGUUCGACCCUCAAACAUGGACAACGCCAACUCGAGAGAGUAUCUAGAAAAGAUCCUCCAGCAAGUACUCGAGAACAUGAAGCGGACUGCCCACGCACCCUCAGUCCAGAUGACAGAUGUGCCAAGAGACUCCUUGGGACUCAACGACGACGACGAGGCCGCUCUCGACGACAUGGACGAGGAUGAACACCCAGAUAAGCGCCACACCCAGCGCAGAUCUGACAAGUACGUGCAGAAGAAUGGCGAACACUCUGAUAGCGAGGACGAAGAUCCCGAUGAGCAAUCGACACGCAGACGACGCAAUAUACAGGCCAACUUUCGUAACAUCAUGGAUGUUGCUGCGAACGAUUCAGGUGUCGAGACUGGCAGCGCAGUUGGUACCCCAAUGCAAGGCUCGAGCGUACCGGAUGAUGCAGACGAAAUGAACAUUGACUCGGUUGAGCAACCAAUGGCAAGCCCAAGUGCUACCGAUGGAGUCAUCAACGGCUCCACUGUCAUCUCAACCGCGCAAUCCCCAGCUCACAUUCCAUCUGCCGAAGAUGGUGAUGUCGAGAUGGAGGAUGCGGACGUCAAUGGGGAUGAUGCUUCAGCCACCAACCACGUUGCGCCACCUGAAGAAGAGUCGACAAUAACAGUACAACAGCAGAGAACGCCGCCAGACUCUCCUCCUCAAUCUCCCCAACAAGAUCCCGCACCUGCUGAGGAACAGGCACCUCCUCCGGCAAGCACCAUCUCACUUACAGCACCACCUGUUACAACAGAGGUCACUGAACCCGCAAGGGAGCCUACCCCCGAUGUCGCAGCGGUCCCUGCAGCUGCGGCAGCUCCCGUUGAACCCGUGGGCGAAGUUGAACCUGAGCCCGAAGCCGUCAUCAAACCCGAGCCAGAGGAUACCAAUGACGACAUUGCCAAAGCACAAGCAGCGGAAGAGGGUCGGAUCGAGCGAGAAGUUGCCAACGCGGAAGGUGAAGCCAGAACGGAACAAGCAGCCAAAGCGGAAGAAGCAGAGGAAGGCAGUGGCAGCAUUGUCGUGAAUGAGGCCAAGGAUUAG